AUGGCCUCAAUAUCAGCACCAACACAGCUCGCGACCUUCCCGAACGCGCAGGCGUCGUCCUCGCGCCUCCCCCAUAUCCAGCUCGCGCCAGUGCACGGGAGCCGGGGGAGGUUAGCGGUUGCUGCUGUCAAAGCUGACGGAGUGUGGACGUACGACAUCAAGACGUUGCGGCCAACGGCGACCUACACCGUGCCCCCAUCCACGGGCUUUACGAGUGCACCGCUCAGCUUUGUCCCUGAGGACGACGAGGAGAAACGUGUGACGGCGGUUGGCGUGACUUCGCAGAAAGAUGGGGACGCGAUCUGGGUGUGGGUCGGCGAGGAGGACAAGCGGAGCGUUGCAGCCGAUGCGAUCGGGAUCCACGGGAAUGAGUGGCCACUCCUCGUGGUGGGCAGCACUGGUGCGCUGUCGCUCCUCGAUGUCGAGCUGCAGCUCACCUCGUUGAAGUCGGCUGGCUCGAAAGAUGGCAAGGUCCUCUCGAGCGCUCUGGUGGGGUCGCGUCUUGUCGUCGUCGAUGACCGCGGCAAGGCCAUCGUGUACGCACUCGACGUUGAGGCGGGAUCCGCUUCCCUGCUCUCUGAGGCUUCCUCGGCGAGUGGGUACCUUGCCGCCAGUGCUGGCGAGAUCGUCACGGCCAUCGACUCAAAUAACCGCCUGCACGCGCGCAAGCUCUCCGAGAUUCUGGAGAGCGCUGAGGAGGCCCCUGGCGUCGCCCUCGCCAACCCAACCACUCCUCUCGGUGUCCUCUCACUCCCGUACGAGCGGCCUCUCGCCGCUCUCACGACAUCCCACGGCGGUGCGGGAGUCACCAUCGUGUCGGCGUCCGCCGACCUCCCUGCCGCACUCGCAACGAGCCACCUCUCUACCGGAGGGUCGCAGGUGACCAACCUCGCUGUGCUCUCCACGUCUCCGCUUGUUCUGGGCGCCGUGCAGACGCACGCCGGUGUGAACGGGCGCAGCAUUAUCCACACCAUGGACGUCGCCCUGCCGCCGCGCCUUGGCCUCGCCCAGUUGCUUGGGAGUGCGUCUGCGACUGCGGACGUGUUCCGCCUGGCACCGCAGGCGUCAGGCGGUGCGGACAAGCUGCUUGACGCUGUCUCUACAGCACUCAAGGCCGGCGACGCCGUCCGGGCAGAGAGCACGUUCUCCACAUGGCUCGAGGACGAGGAGAAGCGCGCGCCAGGGCGCCGCUUCGUGAUCCCCGAGAGCGUGGCGCGUCGUCUCGUCGACAUGGUUCUCGCCAACAAGCCGUACGCGGGCAAGAUCAUUCACACUCUCAUCGACAGGAGGCAGUUACACGAGGGCAUGCGUGAGGGCGGUGUGGCAGCCGCGCUCCUUGCUGUCGACCGUCGCGCCGUCUCUCGCCUCCUGCGUAACAACCCUGCCCUGCCCUCCCGCGCAGUCGUCGCCCUCCUCGUGGCCGACGACAAGGUACUUGAGGACGUUGUCUCCGGUCCCGCGCCUGACCCAGCUUACCGCGCCGAGCUGAAGCGCCAGGUCACGGCCGACGGUGCCGGACGCAUGCUCGUGCAGCUCACCGCUUGGGCUGAGGCACACGCGACGCGCGACGACGGCCUCGGCGCCUGGCUCGAGGCCAAGCAGCCAAAGUCAUCACUGCCUCCUUUGAACGCGGUGGUCGCGCACGCGUCCGCGCUCCUCGACGCCCACCUCCCCAACCUCCUCGAGAAGGAGGACGAGCUCGCGCGUCUCUCCGAGGCUAUUGCCCCUGCGAUGGCUGCGCAGGCCGACUACCGCCGCCUCCGGGCUCCCGUUGACGCCACGCUACGCGCACACGCUGUUAAGAAGGAGGAGGCAGGUUCCGACAACCGCCGCAGGCAGUACAAGCAGGACAAGAUGGCCGACGAGGCAUUCGGCAAGUGGCGCGUGGAAGAUUUCGUGUUCUAG